CCUCUUCGUGUACAUAUAAUUUCAUUCAUUCUGUUGCAUCAAAAACUCGCGGAGAGCAGGUGUUGAUGCAGUUGCAUAAUACGAACUUUGACCUUUUUAUAUAUAUAUAUAACUUUAUAUGUUUGCGUGUGUAUAUGGAAAUUUUUACUAUGAACAAAAAUAAGCAAUAAUAUUUUAUAAGGGAAACAGCCGGAACACAAUAGAAUGUUUCAAUUGGAAAGGCAAAAGUUCGAGAACCAAAAAAUAAUGUUGUAAUUUAUUUUGACUGAGGUACAAAUACAAGACCCCCCUGUAGCAUCGAUUUUUCCCCCACGAAUAAGAGAAUAAAACUUUCGCCUUUUAAUCGAAAGAAUUAUACACCUUUCAAUUAUUCCCUAAUUAAGAAAUUAGUUCAUAGUUUAAAAAUCCAAGUACACUCAAUUUUAUAUUCUUUAUGCUAAUAUUUAGCUGUUCGAUGGUUUUCAAAUAAAACAAAUGAAACAUUUGCUACAUUUUGUACAGCCAACUAGGAUAACUUUGAAAAGCGAAAACGUUUACCAGAAAAAAAAUACGUUGAAAAGAGUUUUAAUGAUUUGUUAAUGAUUUCUUAACUAAAUAAUUGAGGAGAAAGUUACUGAAUUAACUGAGGUAAAUUGAAAUUAUUGAAUUUCAUUGGUGGAUUUUUUUGGCCAUGCAGAAGUGAAAGGAAAUUUCGGUAAUGGAUCUCUUCCAAACACCAUGGAAAUCCUUCAGCGAUGAUCGUUGCGUCACGGUGAGGAUGUUGCAUAACGAUGUGCGGACGAAGGCGCCAUCUGGAGGCGAUCGGUGGUAGCGGAAGCGCUUGGUUGUUGAUUCGGUGCUGGCUGGUGAUUUGUUGUGGUGGUUUUUUCGUUCGCGUCGUCGAGUGCAGUUGGUGUUUUUUUCGAUGGUUUCGUUGGUGUUGUUGCACGUAGAGAAAAAGAGAGAGAUAGAAAUCAAAGCGGCGGCGGUGGUGCGUGUGCGUUCGGUUCGUUUGUUUAGUUUCAACAGGGAAUAUUAUAACAACAAUAUUUACACAUAUACACAUGAUGCGAGAUGGUGAGCGUCGGCGUCGUGGCGAUAAUGCAACGACGACGUUGUGAUGUGGUGAGGAGUGCAGUGCUGUGAGACCAGAGGUGCGUGUGGGCGUCCGUUCCGAUGGUUUUUAUGGAUUUUUUGAAGCGGUUUUGACGAACGAACGGCAUCUCCAGCGGUGCCGACCACAGCCGCUGUCAAACAAACGGAGUACCGAGUGUGUGUGUGCGCGACAGUGAGUGAGAGAGAGAGAGGGAAAGAAAAAAAACGCGCAAAUGGCGUCCGAGAACGAAGCCUCCUGCGAAGGUGAUCCCAAUUUCGCGGUCAUCUGCGGCUUCUUCGAGAAAUUCGGCGUCGCGUGCGGCCUGAACCCCGUGGAUUUCGUCGAGUUGCAGGAGAUGCUCGAGAAUACGCACGAAGUUGCCACUGAUUUGAUCGAACUGCACAUCAAGUUGCUGAGGAAGGCAAGGAAAUCUGUUUCCUCAGAGAGAUGGGAGAGGGCCAUCGUGAACAUCUGCCAUACAUACAACAGUCAAGAUGCCUGGGAGAUUGAGAGGUUCGGAUACAAGAAAGCCAGAAUUGGGUCCAAACUGCGUAUCUUGAAGCAUCUUCUUGAAAUGCAAUUUGAUCUGAAUGUUAGAUUCAAGAAUGAAAUCAAUAAAAUGUCUGCAACGGAGCUCCGAACCCAACCACUGGGCAAGGAUAAAACUGGACAUUCUUAUUGGUUUCAAACUGAUGAGAGCUGCACCAUCAGAGUGUACAAGGAGGAUCCUGAUGAGGAGACGUGGGCUUUGGUUGCAAAGGAUAGGAAUGGAUUGGUUUCGUUAAUAUCGCAGUUGGAUUCGAACGAGGCCGCUAAGAGCGGAUCGGAUUCGAUCAUGAAUGAGGAUAGCAACAGCCUGGAAAUGGAGAAGCCCAUAUUGGACACCGGGCAGAACGACUCCAAUUCCGACUCAUCGAAACAACUCUCCGAGAAAAAGUCUUCGUGCGAGGAGGAGGAGGAACUGGAGGAAGAGCAGUCCAUCGACAACAGUACGGCAGUGCGGAACGGCAACGCGGUAAUGGAUACGGAUUCCAACAGUGCGCUCGCUCUCAAGGAAGUGGCGGACGAGGAGGAGGAGGAGGAUGUGGAAGAGGAGGAAGAAGUAGACGAAGAGGAGGAGGUAGAAGAAGAAGAAGUUGAGGAGGAGGAGGAAGAGGACGAGGAGGAUGAAGAGGAAGAACCUGUGCCGGCGGUGCCAGAAGUUAAGAUGCAGGAGAAACCGGUUCUGGUGGAGCUCAAGCAAGUUCCUGCUGCGAUCCCGGAGGAGCGGCCCAAGACUAUGGGACUGAGGCUGAAACCGCUGACGGAGUUGCUGACUCAGCCGAUCAUCGAGAGUGAAAAGAAGCUGGAGCUAAGUGGUAUUAAAAAUAAGUACAUUAGAAACGAUCCUUUUCCCAUGUCGAACAGGAAGGCUGUAGAGAGUGCUAGUUACGUGGACAUUUACAAGAACGAUCACAAAAGGCCAAUGGAUUACAACAGUAUAGAAGAACCGAGUUUUGCGAAACGUCCACGCACCGAUCGUCCCACCUUGCUGAACAACAAACUGCAUUACCAGAAGCAGUACAUGGGCGAGGAGGAGGACGAUGACGAUGAGGAUUACGACGAAUACGAGGACGAGGAGGACGAAGUCGGCGAGGAGAUCGAAGAACCGCUAAUGCUCAUCAAAGGCGAAGGAUCUGGCAAGGACAAUAAAUGCGGCAGCGAAGCGGAAUCACCGAUCGUCGGCGACGCCAUCGAGGAACCGGUGAUGUUCGUGUACGGCGUUGGAAGCGGGGCCCUCUGCCAAACCGGAAACGAAAAGAAAUCCGAGGACGAUUCGAAAUCAUCAAAAAACACUGUGAAUGAUCCUACUGAAAAGACUAACACUGAGCAGUUUAACAACUUGACGAAGAAAGAGGUAUUUCGAAGUCCACCCAAAAAAUCUAAAUGGGAAUCCGGGGACGAUAAAACGGAGACAGUGGGCAGCACCAGUGUUCAGAAGAUGGUCGAAAAAUUCGAAGAUUUGAGCAAAGGAGUUGAAGUGCCUCCCAAGAAAACGAUGCCUUCGUUUUUCUUCGGUCCAGGUUUCAACACACCUUCGAUCAGCGCGCUAGCAAAGACUAACGAGAAUGACGAUAUAGAUUCCAAUGAGGUAUCCACUGAAACUGAAACUAAACAAAUAGAUGAAACCGAAACGGUCGACGAAGUAGAAAAUAUUGAAGAAUCAAAAAAUGGUGCAAGUAAAGAAUGUAAAUCCAAUGAAAUUGAUACAAAAGAAAUUGUCCAGUCCAUUAUCCAAGUUGACAAAGAAAACUUAGAACCUGCUGAAGCUCUUACAAAGGAAAAUGUAUGCAACAUUGAAGAGAAAAGUAAAAGUGAAUCUGAGGAUAAUCUUGUGAAGGAGACUGAAAAUGCAUCUAUAGAAACACUUGAAAAGGAAAACAAAAGUGAAACUGCAGUGGAAUGUAAAAGUAUACCUGCAGAUGAUCUUCCAAAAGAAAACAAAAGUGAAUCUGAAGAUAAUCUUGUGAAGGAGUCUGAAAAUGCACCUAAAGAAACACUUGAAGAGGAAAGAAAAAGUGAAUCUGCAGAGGAAUGUAAAAGUACACCUGCAGAUAAUCUUCCAAAAGAAAACAAAUGUGAAUCUGAAGAUAAUCUUGUGAAGGAGUCUGAAAAUGUACCUAAAGAAACACUUGAAGAGGAAAGAAAAAGUGAAUCUGCUGAGGAAUGUAAAAGUACAUCUGUAGAUAAUCUUCCAAAAGAAAACAAAGGUAAAUCUGAAGAUAAUCUUGUGAAGGAGUCUGAAAUUGUACCUAAAGAAACACUUGAAGAGGAAAGAAAAAGUGAAUCUGCUGAGGAAUGUAAAAGUGCACCUAUAGAUAAUCUUCCAAAGGAAAGCAAAAGAGAAUCUACAGAUAAUCUUGUGAAGGAGAGUGAAAAUACACCUAUAGAAACAAUUAAAAAGGAAAGCAAAAGUGAAUCCACAGAUAAUCUUGCUGAGGAAUGCAAAAGUGAAUCUGCAGAUAAUCUUGCAAAGGAAUGUAAAAGUGCACCUGUAGAUAAUCUUAAAGAGGAUAGCAAAAGUGAAUCUGCAGAUAAUCUUACAGAGGAAAGCAAAAGUGAAUCCACAGAUAAUCUUGCUGAAGAAUGCAAAAGUGAAUCUGCAGAUAAUCUUGCAAAGGAAAGUAAAAGUGCACCUGUAGAUAAUCAGAAAGAGGAAAACAAAAGUGAACCUGCAGAAAAUCCUGAAGAGAAUAACACAGCUAAUCUGAAAGAGGAUAUUAAAAGUGAAUCUUCAGAAACUAUUAAAGUGGAAAUCAUAAGUGAAUCUGCAAAAAAUAUUAAAGAGGAAAGCAAAUGUGAACUUACAAAAAAUCUGAUUGUCGAAGGUGCAUGUGAACUUGCAACAAAUCUGAAAGAGAAAAGCAUAAGUGCAACAACAGAAACUAUUAAUGUGGAAAGCAAUAGUGAACCUGCAGACAUUCCUAAAGAGGAAAUCAAAAGAGAAUCUGUAGAAAAUCUUAAACAGGAACUUAAAAUUGAGUGUCCAGAGACUAAAGAGGAAUUCAAAAGUGAAAUAUUAGAAACUAUUAAUACGGAUAGCAAAAGUGAAUCUGCAGAAACUCUUAUUGAUGAAAGCAGAAGUGAAUCUGCAGAAAGUAAAAAUGAUUCUCCUUCAAAUGAGCUGUUGCAAAAAACUAAUAUCAAAGAUGAUGAUCCCAAGGUGAAUAUUAUUAUUGAAGAUGUUUCAUCAUCAUCAGAAACGACAGAGUUAGCAAAUAAUGUAGAUUCUACUUUUGAUGACAAUAAGCUACCCCAAAAAGAAUCUGAUGUGAUGGAUUGCAGUUCUGAAGUGGAACAACCUGUUGACGAUGCAACUACAACUGCCGAGGAGGUGACUAAAUCUUCGGACACGACCGAAUGCAAGGGUGAUGUGGAUGAGACCACGAAAUCUGAGAGUGUUCAACAGACGAAAAAUGAGUCACAAGUGAAGAUUAUCGACGAGAAAGAGGUGACGUUUGCAGAUGAUUUAUCAAAGAAGGAUGACGUAUCGAUAUCUGAACCCAACAUUGACGGUAAUUCAAAAACUGCUUCCGAAGAGACCGAAAUGAAAUCUUUAGGACCAGUGCCUUGCGACACUUCUUCUCAGAGUGUUGAUUCCCAAGAAGUUCCUGAAAAAGAUUCAAUAGAAUCUAAACGUGAAGAUCCAAAGUCUCCAGAAGUUGACAUUAAUAGUGAAGAAAUCGCUGAUACACCUUCAACUGAAUGUGUUGAUUCAAAACCUUCGAGCAGCAUCGAUUCAAAGCAGAUAGAAAACACCGAUUCAAUAUCUGAAGAAAAUAAGGAACCAGUUGAAUCGAUAUCGAUUGAAAAUAUUGAUUCAAAAUCUGCCGAAAAUGUUGAGAGUUUGAAUUCAGAAUCUGUUGAUACAAGAAGUCCUGAAAUUGUUGAAAUAAUUGCAGAAACUGGGCCAGUAGAACCGAUCGAUCUAAGAAGUGAUAAAUCUGAAUCAUCGGAGACCUCAAUUGAAGCGACGAAAAGUCCCAAAACUAAACCUGAAACAUCACCAGUCAAGAUUGAACACAAUGAAUCCGCUUUAGCUGAUACUUUACAAGCGAGCAAUUCGAAUGCCAUUGAAGAUAAUAGUAAUAUGUCAGAACCAGAUAUUACAGUUCAAAUUAACGAUCUUGUCAACAAAUCGGAAACACCAACAUUGAACUUAAAAGAUGAUAAAGACAUUAGCCAUGAUGAAAUGGAUGUGGUUGAAGAAAAACCCGAGGAAGUCGUCGAACAAUCUGAAAUAGUCGAGAAGUUAGAAGACCAAACAAAGGAACUUGCAGAGGAAGCUAGAGUAACAGAAGUUGUUGAUGAAAAAACAGAGAAUGUUGAUAAUGGAACUUGUAGUAUAGAAAUUGUUGCUGAUAAGCAUAAUGAAAUCAAAGGUGCUGAUUUAAAAGUGGAGGAAAAUGUUGGUAGUACUACUGCAAUGGAUGUACUUGAAAAACAAUCAAAGAAUAUUCCUGAAAAACCUGAUACUAUUGAGGAGGUGAAAUCUGAAAGAGCUGUUGAGAAAUCUGAAAUAUCGGAGAGUCUUGAAUCUAGUGAGAUGAUUGAUUCAAUUCAAAUUACAGAUAAACCUGUCGCUGUAAACCCAAUAGCAGUUGUAGAUGUUGCUGUGUGCAAUUUGAAAACAUCAGAUUUGAUGGCAGAUGUGGAAAGAAAUAAUGUAUUACCGACAGAAGUGACCGAUAAAAAUGACGAAACAGUGAUAGACUUAAAAGUUCGAAAGGUGCUUGAGGUUCAACCAGCUACAACUUCGGCUAUUGUAGAAAAUGUGGAGAUCAGUGAAAAACUGGAGACGCUAAGUGAUAUUUCCAAUGACGAUAAAAGUGAAAUUAUAGAGGCAGAAGACAAGGAGAACGAUGCUUCUGUUGCGGAGGAAUCGAAAGAAAUUAUCGAAGAAUCGGAAACCGUCGUUCCUAAAGUACAAAUUGUUAGUGAGAAUAUCUUGCCAGAUAAAUGCCAAACAAACAAUAACGAAGUUGGUGAAAACAAAUCUCAAAAAGUAUCUGAUCCAAAGUCAGAAACGUCGUUUGUUGCAAAGAUCUCGGCGACGCAAUCAGUCGUGGUCACUGAUGAAAUUCAAAAUAAGAAAAUCUUAUCAGAACCUAAAUUAAAUGCAUCAGAUGUUACUGCGACAAAAACGAAUCCAGUGGAUGCCAAAGAGGAUGAUGUUAUCCGGGAAUCAACUUCGACGGAUGUAAAAUCUGAGAAGAAAACUGAAUCUGCAGAAGUUAAAUCUAUUGAAAAGAGCAAAGAAACGCACGUUCCUGAAAAAACGAGUGUUCAGGUUGGAGAAUCUUCUAAAAAAGAACUUAAGUCCGCUGUGGUAUCAGAUUUGAAAGUUGAUGUUAAAAUUGUUAAUGUCGAUAAAAGUAAGGACGAAGUUGGUGCAGCGACAGAACAGACUGAAAGCAAACCUGCAAUUGCAGCCCCCAAUAACACUGCGAAAAGUGCCAAAAAGAGUUUCAAAAUAAAUAGCAUCUUGAGCAGCAAGGAAAAAGAGCCGGAAGCGAAAAGUAAAGACGGAGAAAAGCGAAGAGUCACCGGGGAAGAACCAGGUAAAGUGCCGGACAUCAAAAGUGUGGACGUUAGCAGCGAUAAAAAAUCCGGGGAGAUUUUGCCAGAAGACAAAUGUGAUAAAGAAGUUGAUGAUGUUGGUUUGGUUACGCGAUCGCUAAAAGCCGCACCGAAGGAUGUGCCAGAGCCCGAAAAGCAAACGCAAGAGCAAGAAGGUACAACUCCAGCGAAGGGAGAAUUAAAAAAGACUGAAUUGUACGGUGCUCCUGUACCAUCGCCGAAGAGGUCGGCACGUCUGAGGAAUGCCUCUGUUAAAGAUACCGUCCCGGAAGUAGUAGUGGUAAACAAGAAAGCCAAGAACAAUGCUGUUGAUGAUAAACCCAGCGAAGAGUGCAAGAAACCGAAGUUGGAAACGCCGCCACCGGCGGAGAGUAGAAGACUACGCUUGAGGAACAGAGGCAACAGAGAUUCCACUUCCUCCUUGGAUGUCGCCAACAUCAACAAACAGAUAGUCAAAGAUGUAAAAGAAUCACCAGUAGCGAAGAAGAAUUUCGAUAAUUUGAAAUCAAUUCAGGAAGGUGAAAAGAAGAUGACCGUCGAGGAGCCAGUCUGUCUUAAGAAAACUGUCGCAGAUUUGACAGAGGAAAUGCCGAACUCACCAAUUUCGUUCGUGUCUGAUGGCGAUUGCGGCGAUAUGGGAAAUGUAUCCAGCGAGUACGAAUCGGAAAAGGAAGAGGAGCAGUCCGUGAAGCAGGAAGAGGAGCUGAAACCUGCCGAGACUAAGAAAGAGGUGGUUCCCAAAAAAGAAGUGGAAUCGAAACCGGAAGAAGUAGUUAAAAAGGAUGAAGGAGUUAAAAAGGAAGAGAAGGAGGAUGAGCCUAAAAAGGAUGAGAAAAUUCCUUCAUUAGCUACGUUGUCGUUCGAUUAUACAGGAAGUCCGCCGCCCGCAAAAGAGAAGAUAAAUGUUCGAGUGACCAGAAAGAGAGGCAGAGUAAGUCCGCCGACCGAAAAGCAACAGGCGGUAACAGGUGGAAAACGAAGAAAAAUGCGGGGCAAGAGAACGGUGGAUACCGAACUGAGGAAAAGUAUAGAGGAUCAAAAGAAAAAGGAGAUUAGCAGUAGCGAGGAGGAGAAGGAUCAUGCGUCUAAAAAGCAGAAGAAAUCAGAAGAGGUCAAGGAGAGUACAAAGAAAGGGCACAAGAAGAAACGGACUCUCUUGGGUUUGGAUAUACCAGAUACAAUGGAAGUCGUCCAGACAGGGGUGCGACAGUCGCGCAGGAUAGCCCAGAUCAAGAUUAAAGAAGAGGCAGAGCGCAGGAAAAUCGAGGAAUUGACGAUGCACGAUAUUAAAGAGAAGCAUAAGAAAUCGAGCAGAAAGGAAGACGAUAAAGACUACAAAGCUGAAAAGCGGAAAAGGAACAAAACUGCAGUGACCGAGGAUGAGACGACCAACGAUGCCGAGUCCGACGAGAAAAAGAAGAAGAAACAAAAACGGAAACACAAGAAUCCCAAGUUCGAUGAGCACAAUCCUUGGAAGUCGAGUUCGGAUUCCAGCAGCCAGGAGUCGCACGUUGAAGAAGAGGAGGAAGAGUACGAAGAGGAAGACAGAGAUGCUCCCUUGAAAUCCGAUCACGAAUUUUCGCCGGAGAGUGAUUUGGAAAAUGGGGACGAGGUGCAACCCCUGAAACGCGCCAGAACUGUCCGCAAGGAGGACGCCCCAGAGGACGACGUUGUUGAGGUGGACGAUACCAGCUGUGAAAAGUGCGGUAAAUCCGAUCAUCCCGAAUGGAUACUGCUCUGCGAUGGAUGUGAUUCCGGUUGGCAUUGUUCUUGCCUUCGGCCUGCACUUCUUGUCAUCCCCGAAGGAGAUUGGUAUUGUCCACCGUGUUUGCACACCACAUUGGUGAUUAAUCUGCAAAAUCGAUUGAUAGAGUUCGAUAAGCAGGUAAGCAAGAGACAGGCGGAGGUGCGCCGCAAAGAGAGAUUGGCGUAUGUCGGUAUAAGCCUGGAUAACGUUCUUCCAACGAAAGAGCACGACGAGAAUAUCAAGAGCAAGCCGAAGCAGCAACGACGCGACACCAGAGACAGUGCAUCAGAGUCAGCAUCCGAUUCGAGCUCAAGUUCAGGUUCUGGUUCAGGGUCGACGGCCAGUGAGAGCGAGGAUGAGCCAAUUUAUCAACUACGCCAACGACGACAAGCUCACAGCUAUCGGUUUAACGACUACGACGAACUCAUCAACUCCGCCAUCCAGGAUGAAGUGCAGUCCGCCGUGGUGGUGCAGUCCACCGAAAUCCGUGGCAAAGACAUGCAGACCAUCGUCAAUGCAGAGGCGGCAGCAGCAGCGGCCGAAACGCAAGCCGCCCCUGAACCACUGCCACCGGUUAUACCUAUUAAUGCAGACUUGCCAUCCAAUCUCGUCCAUACUGCAGACGAAGCGGCUUCUGACGAUGAAGUUAUUAAGCCGGUCAAGAAACUGAUAGGCAAGAAGAAACAUCGAAAAUUGAACAGUCUUGACAUUAGCAGCGAUGACGACGAUCAAGGUUCCGACGAGGACUUUAAAGGUUCAAGUUCGGACGAGGACGAAGAGGAUGAAUUCGACGAGGAUUUGGAUAGCGAUAGCAGCGAGUUUGGUCGUCGCAAAAGGAAAGGUGGACCUGUGCGAAGAUCGACGCGUGCCAGGAUUUCCCGGUAUGAUCGUGACUUCAUCAACGAUGACUCUGAUGAGGAUUACGCCGCUCCUCGCCGCAAAAAGACCCGAUCGAUUUGGGACGAGUCCGAAUCCGAGGAGAGCGAUAGAUCUUGGGGUAGGAGGAAAAAGAAGAGCACUCCUAGAAAAGCACCAUCCACGCCGAGGCCGCGGAAACCAAAGUCCAAGAAGAAAAAGAAGAAUGACGAUGAUUCCGAUGCGGAGGUCUACAGCAAGAAGAAGCCGAAAAUUAAGUAUGGCGGUUUGGACAGUGAAGAGGAUACGGGCAGACGAACGAGAGGGAAGAAAAUUACGUAUGUCGAUGCGUUGGGGUCGGACAGCGACGACGAUCUUCGCAGAAAGAAUGCAGUGAAGGACGACGAUAGCGAGGACGAGUUCGUGUUGAACGAGGAGGAGGAUUUAAGGGAUGAGGCAGUCGGCGACAGCGACGAUUCCAACGAUGAUCCGUUGAUUGUGGGAGCCAUCAAGUCCGGUUCGAAGAAGGGCAAGGGAAAGGGCGGUAUAAAGAGAAUAAAGCGAGCUCAGGGUGAAGAAGAGGAAGCUCUUUUCCCGCCGCUCCCCGAUGAUUUCACUAAAACGACGGAAGUGGUUCCGCCAGUAAUUGCUGGUGCGUCCGUUGAGAAGGAAGAGCCCAAUCCGAUCGAACAAAUCAACAAGAACAUCGAAGCGAUGGACGAGAAAGAAAUGGAAAUGAUGAUGGAGGAGGAGGAGUACGCGAAUAAGCAACUGCAGAUGGUGGCCGAGCAGUUGGAGAAGGAAAAGAGGCGAAAGGAAUUGGAGGUUGCCAAGAAGCUGGAGGAGAUGCCAACUGUGGUUCCGCAGAAUUUCGAUUUGCCCCCGAUGGUCGUGGACACAAUGCCCGUAUUGGAACCGCAGACACAGCUGCAUCCCAUCAUGAUGAUGGAGGAGAAGACACCAAAGAAACGCGGAAGGAAGCCGAAAUCGCUGUCCGGCUCGGCGGAGAUGCUGCACCUGAUGCCUGGCAGCGGCGUCCCGACGACACCGCAGAGUGACGACAUGUCGGAUCUUUCGGGUUCCAAUUUGAAUCCCGAUGGAACCCCAAAGAAGCGACGUGGUCGUGGUAAGGGAAAGAAAACUUUGGAGAAGGAGGCUGCAGCAGCUGCGGCAGCCGCUGCACGCGCCUCGAACGCUCCCUCUGAAGCUGGAGAUUCCAACGAGCCCAGCCUCAGCGAGACCGGAGAUUCCUCCAAUGAUCCAGCGCUGAUUGGAGGCAAGUUAGGAGUUGCCUCAGCGCCGCAGCCUUUCUCCCAAAGUCAACCUGUACCUUCCGUGAUAACGAGGAUGCUUCAAACGCAACCCGGUAAACCAGCUUAUCCCGUCGGCCCUCCGAUUAACUACGAGAUGUACGGUGGCGACAACAGGCCCGAGGGUCCUUCGCCGCCCAUCCCUUCGCCAUCACCUCAGGGAGGACCGCCUUUCCUAACAUCACCAGGUGGACCCCCCAGGGGUGUUCUUCCUCCAGGUUAUCGGCCUACUUUGAACCAUUAUCCAGUGAUACGAAGCGGAGCACCGCCACCGAUGAGACAUCGCAGUCCCGUUCCGCAAAACAUUCCGUCGGGUAUGUUCCUCAGCCAUCAUCCGUUGGAUCCAUCGCCGUCGGGCGGAUCUACCAUCACCACCGUCUCCUCGGAACACGGUUCCCCGGCGCCAUCGGCGAGUCCGCUCAGCAACAAGAGCGACCCGACACCUCCACCGCCGACGUACGUGCGACCACCUAUGGUGCGUUUCCCUGCAGCUACCCAAGGACCCAUGGCUCGGCAUCCUCUGCCGACGAUGAUGGCUCAGCACAUGCUGAGACCCAACGUGCCCUUCGCGCACUUCCCCUACGGUGCGUAUCAGCAAGCAGCUGCCUCGUCGGGCGAGGACGGGCCGCAUUUCAGCAACCCCAACUAUUCUGAAUUUCCACCGGACGGCGAAGGACCGAAGAACUACGACGAAGAGAACGGCGAGUUUGGCGGUUUGGUCUCCUAUUUCUCCAGUCAGAGGGAGGACGACUUGGACACAUAGCCGUCGGAGUCUUGCCAGCGAAAAUAGUAAGCAGGUUAAGCAACAACAACAACAACAUCAGCAGCAGGCAAAAACAAAACGAGUGAAAUAACAGUAUUUGUACAAUAGUUUGUAUGAGAGACGAAACAACAACAUCGUCGACAACAAAACACUUUUAGAGCGGAUAUCCUUUAAUUUUAUUAUUGUUUAUUUUAUAAAUACCUAUUUAUAUAUAUAUACAUAUUAUGUAAUAAUCAGAAACUUGCACUUUGUACAAAGUAAAUCGCGCGAAGCAGGAAGGCGAUAUAUAUAUAUAUAUGUAUGAGAGGACGAUGAGACAGAGUUUAUAUAUUAUCGAGUAUCGAAUUCAUUUUAUGUGUAUUUGUAAUUUACUUACUUUAUUAUUAUUA